CCACCGGCGGCGGCCGAGUCGCGCUCCGAUUGGCCGAGCCGCGUCACGUGACCCGAGCAGGCUUCGGCGUUGUCCGUUACUCUCUUGUCGCCGCUCCGUCGCAUUUGGCGGGUCCGCUCUGCGUUGCUUGGUCCCUCGUAGAACACAGUUGCACAAUGGCUGGUGGUAAAGCUGGAAAGGACUCCGGUAAGGCUAAGGCCAAAGCCGUCUCUCGCUCAGCGCGGGCGGGUCUGCAGUUCCCUGUUGGUCGUAUCCACAGGCAUUUGAAGAACAGGACAACGAGUCAUGGACGUGUUGGCGCUACAGCAGCUGUUUACAGUGCAGCCAUUCUGGAGUACUUGACUGCUGAGGUCCUUGAGUUGGCUGGCAACGCCUCCAAAGAUUUGAAGGUGAAGCGUAUUACACCCCGUCACUUGCAGCUUGCCAUCAGAGGAGACGAAGAAUUGGAUUCCCUCAUCAAAGCCACCAUUGCGGGUGGUGGUGUCAUCCCUCACAUCCACAAGUCCCUGAUUGGAAAGAAGGGUUCGCAGAAACCUGCUUAAACCUAUUCCCUAAUUCGGAGGACAAGUCACCAGUGUUUGUGCUUUUUCCCCUUUCCGACCAUUCUGUGACGGUUACCUUACUCAGUUUGGCUGAAUCCAGAAUCUGGAAUCAUCAAUUUGACUUCGGACAAAUAUUUAUUUGGAAAGGGGCAGAGUUUGCAUGAAAUGUGUUCUGUAGAGGAUAUGUUAAAUAUCUUAUUAUCCUCACCUUAUUAGUGUUUUAUAUUUCAUAUUUUGUGUGUCAGAAUGUUUGAAUUUAUAUGAGAGUCAAAUGAAUGUGAGGUGUGUUUGUGCUUACCAAGCAGCUUGGUUCUUAUGUGCCUGAUUUCUGGCAAGUAUGUGUGUAGUGUGACUGACGCGUGAUGUCAUUAUCAUUUGUGAAUUUUUCAUUAUUUACAUCCCUUCUUAGGUGUGUACUCAAGCUUCAUGUAUAUUGUGGUUGAAUGAAAUGUGGACUUCAA